AUGCGCCCAGGUGCUGACAGUCAGGAAGGUGACAAAGAGAAAGAUAAGGAUAAUUCCCAAUCCCUCUUCUGUCAAUGGAAACUUGCGCUCUUCGAAAAAAGACUCAUCGACAAAUCUCUUCUCGCGGCAUACAAUUCUGAGCGUCUGCCUGUCAUCUCUGGGAUGCUUGAGAUGGCCACCUCAAUGCUGAACCAGACAAUAACAACAGGAGACUUCAACAGCAUCGUUCUCGAUGGGUUUGCGAGUCCAGGGAAACCGAUCAAUGCGUACGGGAUGAUUGAUGAAGGGCAUCUGGAGGCUGGGGACAGGACGCCUGAUGCGCCCAAUAUGCUCCGGGUGGGAGGUGGAGAGUCUGUCGUGAAGACCAUUUUGGUCUAUACAGACCGUGGUAUCACACCGUGCUUGUACUCGCGCCGAUGCAACCCUGACCGUGGACGCACUGGGGGCAUGCGACAGAAGUGUUGUGCGCACAACUGUCGUUCUGCCGUCAUCGGCGCCAAGGGCUAUGCUUAUUCGGCUUACGUCCUGGAAAUUAACAAGACGAAGGUGUACAAGACGAAGGUGUUUGUAAUUCAGUUGGACAAAGUAAUUGGGGCUAAUGUCCGUGGCGCAGAAGGCGUGAACAAAUAUCUUUCGAUGAUAUUUUUGGGCGUGUAG